CGGAUCAGAACCUAGAGAACUUACGGAAACCACCAUGCAUGCGUCCAGCUACCAGAAGACGCGUGGCCUUUAGAAAAAAAAGACGUAAGCGGGAGGAGAACAAAGGAAAAACAAGGAACCGACCACAGCAGAGAAAGCGGAGAGGCGAUUAAUUGGCGUACGCGGACAUGGCCAGUACCCAGACCGGUUUGAAAACCCCCUUCAAAGACUUGACCUCGUUCAAGGGCAACAUGAAGAGGCUGUACAGGGAGCGCAUGGAGGACGCGCCCAUCAAGAAGCGCGUCAUGGCCGAGAUCAACCUGAAGAGGCGCGGCUUGGACUCCGUCCCGAAGACUGCCAAGGUGAAGAAGGAGCAGACGGAGGAGCUGAGCCGCGAGGCGGAGUUGGACCUGGAGGCCCGGGGCGACCUGCACCUGGGGGGCUCGGCCAAAGCCCUGGACCUGAGUCCCGGCCUCAAACACACGCUGGCCCAGUUCACCCUCAGCAGCCAGAGCUCCCUCGGCGGCCCCGCUGCGUUCUCGGCACGCACGGGCCACGAGCACUCCCCCGCCGGCAUGCCCCCGCUGUCGUCCCCGCCGGUUCUGGGGGGGGGCCCCCUGCUGGUUCCCUGCGACAGCUCCACCGAACUCACCCACUCCCUGCUGGAGGGCGAGUCCAUCUCCUGCUUCGUCGUCGGCGGCGAGAAGCGCCUCUGCCUGCCCCAGGUGCUGAACUCGGUGCUGCGGGACUUCUCGCUGCAGCAGAUCAACACGGUGUGCGACGAGCUCUACGUCUACUGCUCCCGCUGCGACGCCGAGCAGCUGCACAUCCUCAAGGUGCUGGGCAUCCUGCCGUUCAACGCGCCGUCCUGCGGCCUCAUCACGCUGACGGACGCGCAGCGGCUGUGCAACGCCCUCCUGCGCCCCGGCGCCGCCCUGCCCGCCGACCCCAGCGGCAAGCUGCUGGCCCGGGGCCUGCUGACGGAGAGCGAGGCCAGCUUCCAGGUGGAGCACCAGUGUCUGGGCAAGUGCCAGGGCCUGUUCGUGGCCCAGUUCUACACGCAGCCCGAGGCGCCCUGCAUCCAGUGCGUCGAAUGCCAGCUGCUCUUUUCGCCGCAGAAGUUUGUCAUGCAUUCGCACAAGUCGCCCGAUAAGAGGACCUGCCACUGGGGCUUUGAUUCGGCCAAGUGGCCCUGCUACCUGCAGCUUGCCAGGAAGUACCAGGGGACCCCCGAGGAGUCCAGACUCAAGCAGCUGCUGGAGGAGGUCAAAGAGAAGUUCCACUAUCAGCUGAAGAGCUCCCUCGACAAAAGGUCAGCAGAGGAAGAGGAGACCCAGCUGAGGAAGUCCUCGGUGGAAAUUUGCUCCCCUUCAGACAAGUUAUCAGACGCAGAGCCAACAAGGAAGGGGAAACCAUCGCCACCUGCCCUGGUGUUCAACCAUCUCUUCACAGACAUCAAGGAGGAGCCAGGACACCCCACCCUGGUCCAUCCCAGCUACUACCUGUACACAUACGAUAAGAUGGUGGCCCCCAACGUUUCUCUGAGGCGGGAGGCGGAGAUGAGUCCCGAGAUGCUCGGCGCGCUGCUCAAACAUCACUACGGCCACAGGAUGCUGGGCCACGAGGAGCCACCAGUGGAUCUCCACGCGUCGCCUCCUGCCACAGCCGGCGCCGAGCAGGCCAAAUCCCAGAGCGCCGCCGCCUCGGCCGCCGAGCGGGAAAGCCAAACCCAGGCAGUUUCCAUGGAGACGAUGAUCAGCCCGUGCUGCAAGAAAGCCGCCCACAUCCCCUCCCACACUCCUCCUCCUCCUCCUCCUCCUACCGCGUCUCUCCGCCGGUCUGCGCCGCUGCUGUCGGAAACGGAGCCGGCGUCUAAGGACUCGGCCGUGAGCGCCGCCCCUGCUGCUGCGGCGGCGGCGGCGGCGGCGUUUGGGGGGGCGGAGGACGACAAGGACAGGAUUGUAGUGGAGAUCAUGCAGAUGUACAGCAGGCAGCAGGAGAAGCUCAACUCCACCCUGCAGAAGCAGCUACAGCUGGAGAUGGAGCUGGAGGCGUUGCGCGGCGGUGAGGCGGCGAGGCUACGGGAGCUGAGCGCCGAGCAGCGGGAGCUCCGCAGCGAGCUGGAGGCGGUGCACAGCGAGCAGGCCCGGCGGCUGGGCCAGGCCCGCCAGGAGCAGCUGGAGCUGGAGAGCCGCCUGGAGCAGCUCCGCCAGCAGGCCUGCGCCUGCGAGCCGGGCGCCCAGCGGCAGCAGGAGGCCCACUACACCGCGCAGUUGUCGGAGCUGCGGCAGAGGCUGGAGCAGGCCGAGGCCGAUCGGCAGGAGCUGCAGGAGGAGCUCCACCGGGAGCGGGAGGCGCGGGAGAAGCUGGAGCACACCAUCACUCAGCUCAAGCAGCAGAUGGCUCAGUCCGGCAUGAUGGGAGGCAGCCCGUCUCCUCCUCUCACCCCCUCCACAGGACCCCUGAACGCCCACUCUCCUUCCUGCUCUUCCUCCAUGCCUGAGGCCCCAGCGGCCGGCCUGAAGUAACUGCACCCCCCCCCCCCCUUCCACCCCCUGCUGCCCCGUCACUCGCCAACUCUAAAGAUACAAACAGUUCAGCCUGAAGCUCCACAGGCUCUCCUCCUUCUACCUGUUUUAUAAAAAAAAUAUAACAUUGCAAGAUUUAUGUUUUUUUUUUUUUUUUUUUAUUAUUCCCAGUCCUCUCUUUAAACAGUAUUUAAAGAUUUUUGGGCAUGUAUGUUUGAUUUAAUUUAUAGUUUUUACUGUACUACUAGCUGCUUUAGAGACAGGAGGUUUCAUCACUAUCUAUCCCUGCCGCCGGGGUCGUAGUCGUCGCUGCUCCCCGGCUCCCGGAGCUACAGACCCCCCCCCUCCCCCCCCCCCCCCCCCCCCCCCCCCCCCGCUCCUCGCUGAUGACACUUUAUGCUACUACCUGGCACGGCCGCCGGUACCUACAGACUUUAUACCCAUGAAGCUCAAAUCGUCACGAACCAGCGACCGGAGGAGAACCAGAUGAGACCGGGUCUCUCUACAUAUAUAUAUAUAUAUAAGAAUAUAUAUUUUCUUUUGGACUCCUUAUAAACACAGAUAGAUAUAAACACGUUAAGAUAUUAAGUCUUUAUGGAGGAAAAAAAAAAAAAAGACCUUUACUGUACAAAAACAGCCGUUUUGUCAUCUUCAGAUGUAGAACCUCAUGAAAGUAUGCCAGUAUUGAAGUUGAAGUGGCUGAAUGUGGACCCCCCCCCCCCCCCCCCCCCCCCCCCCCAGCUAUGAAAUAUUCCAGCCUGGAGGGCAGAUUGAUUUCUUCCUCACUCGACCAGGCCGCUUCUCUUCAUCCAGAGUCUAGCAGAGGAGUCGGUCUGGGCGCGGGUCUUUUACCGCUAUUUAAAAAGCUGCUAAGAUUUCCUGUCACACCGUCAGGUACCGUUUAGAGUAGAAGAGGCAAUGAUCGCCCCUCCCCGACUCGUGGCUGCACACUGACAGCCAGCUGGCUGAAAAGUAGGCCGCUACGCUUUUCUUUAAAUAUUUCUGGUUCCACAAAACCAUGAGCGUUCAUAGCCCGACUAAUUAACCAGCUCUGCUGAGCUUGUUAUUCACGAUGAGUUACUCUGCAGACAGCAGAAUGACAGGAAGGUACAAUAUUCUGCGCAAUAAACAUUAAUGCCACUCUUAAGAUUCAUCAAGUCUUUAUUCUAGAUAUUUCCUCAAGCCUAUAUAUCAAAAUAAUAUAACAAUAAAUGAAUGUACAAGUAACGUUAUAGACAGUUUGCCAAUUUGUAUCUAAACCUUUUGCGUCUUCGCGUCUAUCUUUGUUUGUAGUUAAAUAGUUUUAUUAAUCGCAGAGAUUAAUAAUCAAGUAACCUCUCAAAUUUCAGUGUGAAAUAUUUCCUAGGAACUUUGUAUUGCACCCAAUUUCCACCUAUUUUUGUGCCGGUUGACACCCGUUUUCUCUGGCGUUUGUCAAUAUGGCCGACACUGCUCCCUACCCAGGGCAUCACCAGCUGUGUAAAAAGGGGGGCGGUAACUCAAACGGGCAAUUUCGAUAAGCUAAGAACGUACGUUGCAAAUUCUGUUGACGUUGGUAUCAGGACAGCAAUCAUGAAGACGACGUAGCAACGGCUGGGAGAGCCCGUGCUUCGCUGGUCUAGUCAAAGUAAAUCAUAAGUUGAAGGUUCGCCCACUGGAAAUGCAACAGAGUAAAACCCCCUAGUUGAAGCGAAACAACUGAGAAAGUCAAAUAACCCACACGUCUUAAAGCAGACUACGGCAGAGCGGCCUCCUCUUGUUCCAGGAGAGAAAUCCUGCAGCAACGAACUGAAACGACCAGAACUAACUAGUAAUAAUAUCUUCAGCAGCCGCAGUUAUUGUUGAUUUUCUCAUUCAAACACAAGCAGGUAGUUCAUGUUUACGAUUUCUUUUCUCUGCAUGUGGUUGAAAACUUCCCACCUGCCGUGUUUUUUUUACACGCCGCAGCCGCAGACCGAUCUCAUCCCCGCCUGACAACGCAUAGAGGAACCCCCCCCCCACCCACCCACCCCCCCAGCAAACGGUCCCAGCAGAUGAUCAAAGCUGCAGUCUGUCACUGCUCUCCGGGCUUCCUUCUCUUGCUCUGUUCUUUUUAUUUUUUCUACUACAUUGUUAGCAGAAGGUCCCCCCCCCCCCACUCGUCGUCUAGGAAUGCGGGUCGCAGGUGAAAGCUGUCGGUUCAGUCCGUUUUCGGGUCCUUGCACUUAUUCUCCUUGGCUGAACAAACGCUGCGAAGCAGGGGCCGUCCAGAACAUCCAGCUCAUGGCUGGCUGGGUGGCCCCAAGGAGGCCCCCCCCCCCCCUCCUCGUUUCAGGCAGCUGCUGAAAUCUGGGGCCCUUCAGCCGCCCUCUGGUGGACGACCCACAUCCAGAUCGGCUCAGACGAGGAAUCCCAUCAUGCCCAGGCCGAAGCGCCUUUUUUAAUCGCCACUAUGAAAAGAUCCCUGUGAGCGUCUGUGCGAGUGCGUGCGUAAAUAACUGUGUAAUGGGAUCGUCCUCUGUGAAAAUCUGAGCUUCUUCUUUUCUUUUUUUCUUUUUUAUGCAUCUGCUAUUAAUGCAAAUUGAUAAGACAUUCCACUGUGCUCCAUCCUGUUCGAUGCAGAUUUUCCUACACAGCCUCCCUUUACAGAGACUGACCCGAGGGAGAGGAUAAGGGUGCAGGUGGAACAAACUCUACUGUUGUUGCUUUGAAAACAUUUAUUAAGACGAUGAAAGAAAAAAAAAUAUUUAACGUAUUAACAAAAGAUUUAUAUUCACUUUGUAAAUAUAGUAGUCAUUAAUAUAUUAACUGUUCUUAUAUAAAUACUCUUUAAAAGGUUAUAUGGUUUGGACCACAGCUAAAAGGCUUCAGUGGCCAAAAUGUCUUUUGCUUUCUUUUAUUUAAAGAUGGGAAAAAAAAGAGGGUUUUUCCAGAGUGGAUGUGGGGGGAAUGAAGUGCAUGGUUUACUCAGACAUCGAUAGAAAAAAGAAAAUGUAUAAAAAAAAUAAUUAUUUGCUACACAGUUUUGCUCCACUGUCAGAACCGACUCCUGUUUUUUUUUUUUUUUUUAAUGGAUUUUUCUCACAAAGAACAGUUUUGUUUUUUUGCUAUUUUGAACUUUCUCCGUUAACCUAAAUUUAAAAAAAAUAAUGUUCAAGAAGAUCUUUUUAGAGAAAAAAGAAGAAAAAAAACAAAGAAAAAUAAUGUUUGCAUGUUUUGCUGCCCUUAUCGGUUUGUGUCGCCAAGUAAAAAAAAAAAAAAAAAAAAAAAAUCUGUUUUAUUGUUGGAAAUGAAGAAGCAAAAACUGAAGAUUUCCCUCCAGAUUCCUGAAACGGCUCAUCUGCAUGAAUUAUUGAACCUGUGCAAAGUUUCUCCUCCCUAGCGGCUGAUGGGGGCUGGCCAGGAUAUCCAAAAAAUUUGGUCCAACUUAAAUCAAAUGUUUGUUUUUUUCUCCCCUCCCCAACUUUAAAUUGCAUCACCCGUCAGAUGCUAAAUCAGUAUUACUUAUUUUUAAUCCUCAUAUUUGCUGCUGCAGCAGAAAAUAAACCUGAAAUGUUUAUUUUUUUUUCUACUUUCAAAGUAGUUUUGCUUCUUACAAACAAGUCAGUGCCGUUUAGCUUUUAUUUUUUUUCCACACUUGGGUGGAAGAAUCUCCGUCUUUAAGAUGGCAUGCGGGCCUAUUUAAUAUAUAUAUUUUUUUUGGCUUCUUGCUGCAGUUCUGAGCGCUCCCGUGUGUUUUGUACAGGUGUGGAUUUUGCCAAACUGAUGAAAAUAAAAGGGAGGCGCCGGUUCAUAGUCGGGAAGGUGAAAUUUACACGUUAAAGAAACCUAAAUCUGUUGCUUUCCUAUCAGCGCUGUGUGUGUGAGAGAGUGACCAUUGCAUACUAUGUUGCCAAUACUACAGUGUGAUGAGACUUUUUUUUUUCUUUCUUGCAUGAAUUAGAGACACUGUUCUCCUACCUCAUGUUGUGAUAUAAGAUGUUUUUUUUAAAAAGCAGAGGACACUGCAUCUCUAACUGUUGAGCAUCAUUAUUAAAUGACGUAACUGUAAAUGCUUUUAGCCGAUACCUCAGCUGUAUCUAGUGUUGUUUUUGUUUAUUUCUGGAUUUUUUUUAUUUUUUAUCUUUUUUUUUUUUUUUUUCUUCCCUGAUUUCAAAUCUUGUAAAUAAACCCUGUAUAGACGAUGAACUUGGAUCAAAUUCAAGUAAAGUUCUGUAGUGUCAAAACCA